UUCGUUUUGCCUCCGCCCAUCUGCCCGCCUCCAGCUCAGGUCCAGCCCAGACUUGUUCCAGGAAGUUUCUCUUCUGCCAUCAGUUUGUUUUCUUCAGUCGAGUCGUCUUCUGACUCUGUUUGGCUUAAACAAACUCUCCCUGAGUGUGAGCUGAGCAGGAUGGAUCAGGGUGAGGACACAGUUCCUCUGCCUGAAGCCGCUCAGUGUGGAGAACAUGAGGACCAGAGCAAAGUUCAGAGGAAACUGCCAGAACCAGAACCUGAACCUGAACCUGAAGCAGAUUCUGAUUCAAGUUACAGGAUCCACCAGAACCUCGAACCAAAACCAGAGCCAGAGCCCAGCUGUGUGUCCUUGAAGAGCAAUAAGCCAAAGAGUCUUGGUAUUGAUUUUAAAUCGGAUCAACCUUCAACUGCAGACAAAGUGACCCAGCAUCGCUCCAGUGUUCCCAGUGAUCUGCCUGCCCAGAAGCAUCAAACAGAACUGGACUCCAUAUUUAUGCUGCUGGAGGAAAACAUCGUCACUUUCGUGAAGAACGAGCUGAAGAGGAUGCAGAAGGUUCUGAGUCCAGAUGAUCCAGAAUGCUCAGAGGGUCAGAAGGAGGACAACGAUGAUCUGGAUGGAGAGGAUGAAGAGCAGAGGAUGAGCAGCAGAGAGGCUUUCGUGAAUAUAACACUGAACUUCCUGAAGAAGAUGAAACAAAAGGAACUGGCUGACUAUCUGCACAGCAAACACUAUGGAUCGACAUGUCAACAUAAACUUAAAUCCUCCCUGAAGAAGAAGUUCCAGUGUGUGUUUGAGGGAAUCGCUAAAGCAGGAAGUCCAGCCCUCCUGAACCAGAUCUACACAGAGCUUUACAUCACAGAGGGAGGAACUGGAGAGGUCAACCAGGAACAUGAGGUCAGACAGAUUGAAACAGCAAACAGGAAAAACCACAAAAUGGAAACAACAAUAAAACUAGAAGACAUCUUUAAAGUCCCACCUGGAAGAGAUCAACCAAUCAGAACAGUGAUGACAAAGGGAGUGGCUGGCAUUGGGAAAACAGUCUUAACACAGAAGUUCACUCUAGGGUUCACUGACCCACAGAAGGAGGAGUACUUCAGGAAGAGAUUCAAAGAUGAAGAGCAGGCCAACAGGAUCAUCUCCCACAUCAAGACAUCUAAAACUCUCCACAUCAUGUGUCACAUCCCCGUCUUCUGCUGGAUGACUGCUACAGUUCUGGAGGAAAUGUUGGAAACCAAUGAAAGAGCCGUACUCCCAAAGACCCUGACUGAGAUGUACAUCCACUUCCUGGUGGUUCAGACCAAAGUGAAGAAGGUCAACUGCAGAAAGGAAACCUGA